AUGAAGCAAACGAUAUUUUAUGCGCUUUCGGCUCUCCAACUAUUGAGCCAGACGUCCUGUACUCCUCUGACGACUUCAAAGUUACCGACGAGAUCCAAUGAUGUAUUAUUAUUCUCAAGGGAUGUCCGAUCUCAUUUGAGAUAUCGUCGAAGUCCUCUGCCACAAGCUGCGAGGGAACAAAGACAAGAGCUGAAACUCGAAAACAGCGUCCCAAAUGUCCGGCAAGUCGAUGCUAAGAACACGAAGAGUGACGUGGCCGUGCAAGAAGCUGCCAAGACACUUACUCUGGCGACAAGAAAAGUGGAAGACAUCAUUAUGGUUCUUCAGAAUCCUCAAGCAUCCGAAGCCGACAUCCGUAAGGCUGCUCAAGAGGCCCUCAGGAUCGAAGCAAGCGAAGAUUUUCACAGAGAAACACUUGCUAGUGCUUCUCAAAACAGCACUGGAGCUCAGGAAGCACUUGCCAUCAUCAGGGAUCAAGGCCCUAGAGUAAUUGCUGGCUUCCAGGAGAUAGAGAAAAACGCCAGAGAUAAGAGAAAAGUGGUAGAAUCAUUGAAGCAGAUAAUGCUAGUUAGACUUCAAGUUGUGGCGGCAAACAAUGAGUUGAUAGGUGGAAUAAGAGGGGGAGAUCGACAGUUGGUUUUGAAAGCCCAAAUCAGUCCCAGCCAGCUUGCAGUUGGCGGGAAACUAGAUGGUGAACAAAAGAAGGCGGUUGAGGAAGCCCAGAGAAAUCUAGCAGCUCAAACCAAGAAAGUAGAUGAAGCAGUAGCCGUCAUACAGAAAAGGGGAAGCACCCCUCAAGAAAUCGAGGCUGCUGCUAGGGAGGCAUUGGUUCAGGAAGCCAACGAGGACUUUGCCCGGAUAGUUUUAGCCAGUGCGGCCAUAAAACGGGACGAGGCCAUGGAAGCUUUGGCCGCUGUCAUAGAGCAUGGACCCACCGAAGUAGUUGCUGGUUUCAAGGCCAUUGCAGAAGAUAGUAGCAAUGCGGCUUCGGUCAAAAAGAACAUUGAUUUGGUCGUAAAGGGUCGUGAAAAGGUUGUGCCCGCAAACUUGAAGUUGAUCGAGUUGUCAGGCGGCUUGACGAGUCCAACCAUCGGUGCCCAGCCGGUCCGCCAAGCCGACAAAAAGCUCGUCGCGUCUGUGGCUGGAGGCCAACAAGUGCCGCCCACCAUCGACACGCUGAGCGUGGCCGGGACGGCGGACGAGACCAUCAGGAAGGAAAGGAAAGAUGGAAAGGCGGGCCGGGCCGACCGGUUGACUCUCGCGGACGAGUCAGCAGCCAAGGCCGAGCGGGGCCAGGGCACAACCACGCGGCCGGCGGCCGGGGAAGACGAGCUCGAGGUGACGCGCAGGUUGCUGUCGAGACUCUCCGGCGGCGCCGAGCAAUCCGUCGUCCGAGUCGGCUCCGCUGCUGCUAAAGCAGCCGCCCCCAGCGGCACCGUCGCCCCAACUCCAGAAAAAAAGCCUUGA